AUGUACGCUCGACAGCACCCGGUGUAUCGGCCGCUCUCGACGGAUUUCGCUAAACUGCACAGGCAGGGCGUCUCGCAGAACCACAGGGACGGCAAUGCGGACGAGCUGACAGCGCACGAUUUCACAUUCAUGGAGCGCAUUGGGCGCGGUGGGUUUGGCAAAGUCUACCGAGCUGUGCUGACCCGCAAUGCGCGGCACUUGCCACUAGCGAGGAGUUCAGGCGGUGAGGUGGCAAUAAAGAAAAUCGACAAGGCAGCGCUAAAGAGCCGCGCGGCGGAGCAGCGGCUGGCAGCAGAGGUCGCGAUCCACGAGACGCUGGGCCACACACACAUUGUGCGGUUGUACGACUCGUUCGAGGACUCACAGUAUGUCUACAUAGUCAUGGAGCUGUGCUCGCAUGGCGACAUAUGGCGGUACUUGCGCAAUCGGGGCAAGCUCGACAAGUCCCUGACCACAGAGUUGGCGCCAUUAAGCGAAGCUGAGGCCCGCCAUGUGAUGCAGCAGGUGUGCCGGGGCAUUGCAUACCUGCAUGGGCGCCAAAUCCUGCACCGCGAUCUGAAGCUGGCCAACAUCUUGCUGACAGAAACCCUGGAUGUCCGGAUUGGCGACUUCGGCCUGGCCACAUGGCUCCGCAACGACCGCACAGAGACCACCACCAUGUGUGGCACCCCGAGCUACAUUUCGCCUGAGAUCCUGGCCCGCCAGCCCUACGGCGUCGAGUCGGAUGUGUGGGCGCUCGGGUGCCUGUUUGUUACGCUGUUGACCGGAGCGCAGCCGUUUCGCAAUGUGUCGCGGAUUACAGAGGAUGCGGUGAGACAGAUCCGGCUGCCGUACGACCUCUCGCAUGAGGCAAGGAACCUGGUGCGUGCAAUGCUGCGUAUUGAUCCGCGGCAGCGGAUUACUACCCAGAGGCUGCUGGAGCACCCAUUCUUU